CAACGACGGCAGCAGCAGCUCGGGCGCCUGGCGGGGCCGGGCGGGGGACGGCGUGUCCCUGUGUGUCCCCGCACACGCCCCGGGAGCCGGCGCGCAGGCGGGGCAGUGGCCGCCGCUGGAGAGACUGCCUACAUUUGCUGUACACACCCAGUCAGGACCUGGAAUAUAGCAGAGUUCAAGAAGCAGAUAAACUACAAUUUCAAUAUUUUAAUCUUACUCAAAAUUAUUUUUAGCACUUGGAGACUAAAUGUUCUCCUUCUGGAGUCAUCAUAUGUCAGAACUGUCCAAGGCCUUGUAAAACUGUUGCCCAAUAGGUGAACAUGGAGACACAGCUAGACCCCAUGAAGGAUGAUUUGCCUUUAAUGGCAAACACUAGCUACAUGCUUGUAAAGCACUAUGUAUUGGACUUGGAUGUGGAUUUUAAAAGUAAAGUUAUUGAAGGCAGCAUAGUUUUGUUCUUUGAGACUGGGAGCCAGUACAGGAAAACCAGCAGUGCUGGCAAAGAAUGCUGCCCAUCACAGUUUGAUGAAACCUGUAAAAUGGGGGCAUCUGAACCCUGCCACAUUCCUAUGACAAAUGUUAAAACGGAAUGUAAUGAUUUUGCUGACAGUGGUAAAGAGGAAGCUACUUCUGAUGAAAAUAGUAACCAUAGCAACAAUGAACAGGCUUCUGGGAUUUCUGGUUCAAAGGACUGCUGUGACAUAGAGGAUCAUGAAAACAAGGAUUUUCUGCUGGUAUUGGAUUGCUGUGAUUUAUCUGUGCUAAAGGUUGAAGAGGUAGAUGUUGCUGCUGUGUCAGGCAUUGAAAUAUUUACAAGGUCUGCCAAGCCAACUGGUGUUUCAAAGGAGCUGGAAAAUCUCAGGAAUCGGAUUGUACAUGAACUUGUGACUUUACCUGCAGAUCGCUGGAAGGAACAGCUAUACUAUUUUACUCACUGUAGCCAGGCACCUGGCUGUGGGGAGCUUCUGUUUAGUACUGGCACCUGGAGCUUGGAGAUAAGGAAAUCAGGAAUUCAGACUCCAGCGGACUUUCCUCAUGCAAUAAGAAUAUGGUACAAAACCAAGCCAGAGGGAAGAUCUGUUACAUGGACUACAGACCAGAGUGGCAGGCCAUGUGUUUACACAAUGGGAUCACCAAUAAACAACAGAGCCCUCUUUCCAUGCCAAGAACCACCCAUUGCCUUGUCAACAUGGCAAGCCUCAGUUCGAACAGCUGCAGGAUUUGUUGUGUUAAUGAGUGGUGAAAACUCAGCAGAACCAGUCCAGCUUCGAGCAGGUAUCUUGAGCUGGUACUACUAUGUGUCUAUGCCAAUGCCAGCAUCCACCUUCACUAUUGCUGUGGGGUGCUGGCAGGAAGUUAAACAACAGUCCUUCAAACAAAAAGCUUCUGUUGGAACAAACACUGAGUUUUCCUUGCCAUCAUCACAAACUGAUUUAAGGUGGCAUGAAGAAAUCUGUGGUCAUGUGGAGUAUCCUUGCCGUUUCCAAAAUCCUGCUGCCAGGUUGCAAGCAGUCAUUCCUUACAGAGUCUUUGCUCCCUGGUGCCUUAUGGAAAGCUGUGAAGAAUAUUUGCUUCAGCUAAUUCCUCAGUGCCUCUCAGCUGCUUAUGCCACACUGGGUACCCACCCCUUUUCCAGGCUUGAUGUUCUGAUUGUUCCUUCCAACUUUUCCAGCCUGGGAAUGGCUAGCCCACACAUCAUCUUUCUGUCACAAAGUGUACUGCCAGGAGGAAGCCAUCUCUGUGGAACUCGUCUGUGCCACGAAAUUGCUCAUGCUUGGUUUGGACUGGCCAUUGGUGCUCGUGAUUGGACAGAAGAGUGGAUAAGUGAAGGGUUUGCCACUUUUUUAGAAGAUAUAUUUUGGGCUAGGGCACAACAGCUGUCACAUGAUGAAAUAAAAGGGCAACAGGAAUUGAAAGCUUUACUUCGCUGGCGCAGACUCAGAGACGAGGUGCAAAACUCUGAAGAAGAGCUGCAAGUUUUAAGGCCCAAAAAGGAGAGCACAGGAGAAUUGAGUGAGUCUGGAGCCUCUGUUGUCAAAUAUGGUCUUAAAGCAGAAAAAAUCUUCAUGCAGGUUCACUAUUUGAAGGGUUAUUUUCUUUUACGAUCUCUGGCAAGGAAAAUAGGAGAGGUCUCAUACCUUGCAUCUUUACGGAAAUUUGUCGUUAAGUUCCAUGGGCAGCUUGUUCUUUCUCAGGAUUUUCUUAGCAUGCUGUUGGAAGACAUUCCUAAACAAAAGCAGUCUGGGUUAACUGUAGAAAGUAUCUUCCAGAACUGGCUGGAUACAUCUGGAAUACCAAAGCCCCUGCUGGAGGAGAGAGAGACGUGGAAGGAGUGUCAUCUCGUCCAGCAAGUGAGCAGCGAGGUCACAAAAUGGAUUCAGACAAACCGGAGGAUCAGAAAAAGCAGUAAAAAGAAAAUGAAGCAGGAUGAAGUUGUUUUCCAGCAGCUUCUCCCUGACCAGCUGGUCUUACUUCUGGAGUUCCUCUUGGAGGAGAAGACAUUGUGUCCUAGAAUACUGCAGUGCUUAGAGAGAACAUACCAGCUCCGGGAGCAAGAUGCCGAGGUUCGUCAUCGGUGGUGUGAACUUGUCAUUAAACACAAAUAUGAGCCUGGGUAUGGAGACGUUGAGAGAUUCCUUAGAGAGGAUCAAGCUAUGGGUGUGUAUCUCUAUGGUGAAUUAAUGGUGAAUGAAGAUGCAAAACAACAGGAACUUGCACGGAAAUGCUUUGCUGCAGCACAAGAACAUAUGGAUGCAUCCUCAGCCAAAGUGGUGGCAGAGAUGUUAUUCUGAAAAGUGGCUAAGUUCUGCACCUGAAGAGAAGGGAGAGGAGACUCUUUGCAGGGCAGAGAGCGUUUGCUGGCUGAGAUCCCUUGCUGCUGAACGGGCAGAUUUGUGAUGAAUGCAUGUGUCCGAGGUUCAGUGUAUGGAGAAUAAGAGGCAGAGGCAACCUGGGAAGGACCAAAGACUUUGAGUUUUAGUUGAGAAUAAACAGUGCUCCUUAAGUUUUCAGUCUGAUUGCAAAUGUAAAGGCAUUGCCUACAGUAAUUUGGUUACCAUGCUUCCCUAAAGGUCAGAGGAAAUAACGUUUGUGACUUUAACCUGAAAUUGUCAAUAAAGCUUUUGUUUUAUAGUCUUUUCUUUAACGGAUGCUGUCAUGAUCCUCUCUGCAGUUUUAGCUUAGCACUGUGUGUUGUUUGCAGGAAAUGGUGGCAGCUCCAGUCGGAAACAACUUACAGCUGCUGCUGUUGUUCCAGGCUGUUGAUGGACCCGUCCUCCGGUGCCUACUGAGCUGAUAUCAGUUCUGAUUUUACACACUGGCUCAGUUCAGCAGGAACAGGAGUCGAGCCCUAGAGCAAAAAACAAGAUGUACCUUUCCUAAGAGCCUUUGAGAAAUGUUUUUGCUGUUUUCUCUCAAAAAAUGAAUCAGUACACAUUACGAUAUCCUGAUCUUAGACACUAAAUGGCCUAAGGUGGAAAAGCUACCUCAGUACUGUUUAAGAGGACUGUUGGCUAAAGAUGAGAAGGUAUGUGGAUACGUAGCACAUCACAGAGUAUUGCUCUGGUAACUUGCCUCCAACAUUAUUUUCAGAGUAACCUGCUAGUAACCAAGAGAGAGAGUGCUUCCACCAUGGAUCCCUCCCUGUCUUCUCCAGACCUUGUAGUGGUAGCUUUAGGAAGCUAAAGAGACCACUGUUAACUCUGUAGCUACAGUUACACUCUACUGGUAACCUAAAAUAUAACUCAAUUUGGAAAGCUGGAGCAAUCAAGAAUGCACAGAUAUUCCUUCACUGUGACAGAGUAAUAACUUUAAAUGCUGUUUCCAUUGCAGGAAAGAUCACAGACAACUCUUUUAAUAGAUCUUCUACUAAACCCCGAUGGUACUAGGAUUUCAUUGACCCAGGACAUCAAAGAAAGGAUUAUGUGACUGCUAAAACAAUCAGCUGACAGAAAUAUUUACCUUUCUGUAUUUCCAGAGGUCCACUGUAACUGAGAACACAUGCACACAAAACAAACUACACACACACACGUGUUACUCUGGCUCUAGGUAAUUCUUUGAUACAAGAAUUUUGGGAUUUAUCCUUGCGCUUUGGUAAUACAAUCAUUCUGGCUUGCAGAUGCCAAAGAUUCUUGAUUUGAACAACUUUAUUAAUUUGGACAAUCUGAAAAUGAAUGAAACUGUAUUGUGUACUUAAAAUUUUGUUUGUAACUUCUUUUUCAUAUUUAUAAAACCUCAGUAUAAAAUCAGCAGGGGCUGGGGUGGGGCUCGUAAGAUUAGACAGAAGCAGAAAUAAACUGUGGAAAGUUACCUGCCAUCAUACUGGUGAUGGGAUGGGACUGAAGAAAAAACAAAGAUCAUCAUGCUCUCUCUGCCCUGUUUAGGUUAAAUUUUACUAUGUCAGACCUCCCAUUCAUGCCCUUGUGAUGCUUAUUUUGCAAUGAUAUGUCAAGUAUAUCUCUUCUUUCCUGAUCAAUGAAUCUCUAAAUUUUUAGAAGAUAUCUUAAUUGUUCCUUUCAGAGAGUAAGAAUUUAAACCACAAAAAUCUGUGAACUUAUUUCUCCUGUACUCUAUUGUUUGAUAUCAAAUCCUCUUUGCUAAUAAUAAAAUUAUCAAAAUAAA